AUGGAGGCGAGCGGGGACUGGUGCGGGAGGGAGGUGGAGCUGAAGAUGAAGGGAGGAGGGGAGGUGAUCCGAGGAGAAGUCUUCACGUACGACAAGGGCACAGAUACUCUGGUGCUCAAGGAGAACUGUGUGGGUCAGCAAAUCGCGAGCUAUAGGAUGCUCAAGGGAAGCAGGAUCGAUGCGUCCUCGGUCAAGCUUUCUGGUGUUGCCAAGGCUCCAGAACCCGUGCCCAGUGUUUCCGAAGCAACCAUUGCAAGGAUGCGAGAGCGAGAGGCCAACUCGGUUGCCAAGGAACUCGCCAAGGGCAAGAACAUCGGAGAGAACGUGACGAGGGAGGCACAACUGAUCUUCAACGCUCUUUCGAAGACUAUGACAUGCCGAUGGGCGGCUCAGGACAUCCUCGUGGACUUUGGGACGCCACAAGAAGGGGUGCGAAUUCAACCACCUUAUGAUGGAGGCAAGGUCCAGGGUCAGAAUGAGGAGUGCAUAACUCGUGUCAAGAAAGUGCUUGAAGGGGAGAGAUCAAAGUUGGGGAUGUAGAAUUUGGAUGUCAUUCAUGAAACUGGCUCGCAUUGACAUAUUUUUUUAAUGAAAGAAAGUUGAUCAUCAC